CCCGCUGCUGGGGUCCCGGGGCGGGGGAGGGGAGUGGAGAUAAGGCCGAUGAUGUCAUGGAUGCUUCACCAGGCCUGGGGGGAGGUGGCGGCCGGAGGGGGUGCGGCCCGGAUUAUGUCACCUCUUCCCUCUGCGCCCCGCCCCCCGGGGCCACAUGCGCUGGUAGGGAGCCAGGGAAGGUGCGAGAGGGAUUUCCUGCACCACCGAGACCCUCAGUCACCUCCUCAGGACAGCCUGUGGCCGGGGUCUCUAUUUGUUGGCGCUGCGGGCCGUGGACUGCUGGUGAAUGGCGAACACCCCCACUCCCCCGCGCGGAAGCUCGUGUGUGCGCGCGUGUGUGUGCUGGGGUGGGGGGGGCGCUGUCAGCCCCCUCAGUCCUUAAACACCAGCUUCACCAGAGCCAAGAUCUAGGAGAUGGUUCCCUUCCUCCGUUGAGACCAAGAGAAGGUGGAUCUCCCCUCACACAUCCCAACCAAGAAGUUCUGAAGACCUCUGCACCCCAAAAGCCCUACAGUGUCCCCAGUCCCCUUUCUCCCUCAGUCCUUCUUCCCAGAAGCCCUUCCUGAUUUUCCUGUCCGGAUUCAUUGCCUCUUUGCAUUGCUCAUAACUAGCGUUCCCACAGCAUUCUCUCUGCAUCUCCUCAGGGUCAGGGCCUGGAGACCCCCAGGACUCUGCUGUCUCUGCCCCCAGGGCACCCCCAGGACAGUCCCUGGGGAAGCCUCAGAGUGAAAUCUCCCUGGAGUAGCCUGAACCAAGUGCUCCAAGGCCCCUGCUCCCCAGGGGCAAUCAGGGAUGCUGUCCUGGGAGGCAGCAUUUGGAUUGGUCCUUGAAGGAUGCAGGGUGGGCAUAGAGAGCUGGGAAGAGAUUUUGUGUGGAGUGGAGAGGGGCUCAGGUCAGGGGAAAUAGGAUGGGCUGCAGGAGAUGCCUUGGAGGCCCUGCUGCAAGCUCUGCUCUGGUUCUGGGGACUGAGAGAAAUGCCAGGCCUUUUACCCAUAAUACAUUUACUUCUUAAGAUUCCUGUAAGGUAGGUGUGAGAACCCGAGGUGAAAUAACCUGCAUGCGUUCACCCCUAAUCAGUUCAGCUGGGAUUUACACUUGAGCUGAUGCCUCCAGAACUCGUGUCGACUGUUCUUGGCGCUGCUCAUGGAAGAAUUUGGGCAGAGCAGGGACAAGAUCAGCUUUGCCCUUUAGAAAGAGUCCCCUGGCAGCUGUGUGUGGGAGGGAGUGCAGGGGGGAAAAGUCCAGUUAGGGGCCCCCAGCAAGAGUGCUAGCAAGAGGGCCUUCCGAAAGCUUUAGGGGGCAAAUGGGCUGGUAUAGGGGCCUCUGAGACCACAAGAGAAGGGUGGAGUGUUCUUAGUUUUGGGAGGGACACAGGUAGGGAGGGGUUGAGUGGUCACUGUAGGUUGGAGGGAUCUGCCCAUGUAGAGCCCAGGUACGGUUCAUUUGACCCUUUUUGACCAUCAAUACUAUGCAUAAUGUCCCAGGCACUGAAGGUCGAUGGCACAGAGACAGUGGCAGAGUUGGGCAACAGGCUGUCAUCCCAGGUCGUUGAGCUGAUGCCUUGAGGCCGCCUAUGCAGACCGUGCUCAGCUACCUGGGCCUGUUCAGGACCCUAACCCAUACACAAAACUCAAACCCUUCCUGUGGGCUCAGUUUCUCCCUAUCAGGAAAACAAAUGCCCCUCUUUGUCCUGCCAGCUCCCUGCUGGGGUUUUGAGAAAAAAAAAAAAGCUGCAGCAGCCCAAACUCAGGAGAGGCAAGGGGCAGGGAACGCUUGCAUGGGGUUGAUCAUGACAGGUUAGAAUUGUGCCAAAACACUCUUCGGGGAAUGAGGUUCCAGGAGAGCUGCUGUGGGUUGACAGUCAAGGAUUCCCCAGGUAGACCAGGAGCCAGUCCCAGGAACACCUCAUUUCCAUCUAGGACUCUGGGCAUUGGGCUUGUCUGGGGACCACACACCUUCCAGGGAAACAGUGGCGCAGAGGGGCAUACAGCCAGCGUCAACCUAUAGUCAGAUCCUCCUUUUGUGGAUCAUGGAGAAGGUAGUACUGCAUGUUUACACUGCACCCUACAGCUCAGAAAGCACCCUGCCAAACACUGUCCCGUGUCACCCUCAUGAUCAACACGAUCACUUCCGAGGUUUGCUCCUGCCCACAUCCAGGCAUCUGGUGGAGCCCCCGUGCCUAGCUCUCUCAUCUCACCGUUGGCGCCUUCCUUCGGCAUAGCAACAUACUCAGGUUUCUGCCAUGCUUAAUUUAAAAUUAGAAAAGAGCCUUUGGAUCCCAAACCACCUUAAGUUAUUGCCUUCUCUGGCCUUCUCUUUUGCCAGGGAACUCUCCCAUCUUUCCCUCCAGACCUGGCUACUCUUGUAGCCUGGCUUUGCUGUGCACCACUCUUCUGAAGCCAUUCUGUCAAAAGACACCAGUGAGGUUUCCACCUGCCAGAUCCAGGAUACACUUUCCAAUCCCUACUUUACCUGGCCCCUUUCUAACACCAGGAGCUGCUCCAACAUUCUGGAAGCCCCCCAGUUUGUUCUCCAGGGCCUACCUUCUUCUGACCUCCUUCUUGCACCCACACUGCCUCCCAGGCUUCUGGGGUCCUGCUGCCUUAGCUCCACGCUGGGCUCCAUCCAUACUACCCUUGAAUGCUGACCACCGCAGUUUCUUUCCACCCAGUAUGUGAGAGAGAUCUUUGGCCUUUCCCAAAGUACCUGUUCCCCCCAACAUUCUCCCCUGUUUUGUUAAUGGUGUCACACCCACCCUGGUGCCCCAGUUGGGACUGCUCCCUUGCCCCCACCCCUGAACCCCAUCUCUAUGAAGUUUUGUCAGUUCUUCCUCCCAGACCCUGCCCAGGUCUUCCCACUGGUUUCAAGCCUCAGGCCACUCAGCCUUCAUCCUCCGAGUCCCCAGCUGCUCCCUACACUGUACCCAAGGAUGCCAAGAAGGAGGUCAUGCUUAGGGUGGGAGGGGGAUUUUUGAGUUGAGGGGUAGCUGGGCUGGAGUAGGUGGGGAGUGGAGGCAGAGUGGGGACUAGAGUGAGGCCUGAGAGGCCCUCACUCUCAGGGUCCUGCCCUUGCUGACACUGCGCUGAAAUUCCGCAGGAGGUGCCUCCCUUGUCUCACCCUAGUGAGUGUGGGGAUAGGCUGGCUCAAGGGCGGAAGGUGGUAAAGUGCUGUUCUCCACCCCUGGGGGAGAGGGGCAGAUGCUGAGAGAGUGGAAUUUUACAAAGGCCGUGGGGCCUGGCUUGGUGGUGAACUUUCCAACCACUUAGGGCUGUAAUUCCAGGUGUGGUGGCCAAAAGACUCCUGAAGGGCAAGAGUUUUGUCAGGUUCCCCUGGUCCGGGGCCUAAUGGGAGGACACAGCAUCAGAAUGGGCAUCUGGGUAGAAGACAGUCUGAGGGGCCCUAGAGGGGCAUGGAGCGCCACCUGGACCCCUUCACCUUGGUAGAGAAGGAGGGCUGCUUGCCUGGUUUCUCAUGGGAGUGGGGGGAAAGCCUGAAGGGUGCCCCUGCCCCCUCUGCCAAACGGAGGGUCUGCGGGAGGGUCUGCAUGGCGGCGGGCACUGCCUGGUGCCUUUGCCCCGCUAUUAUGCAGAUCUCUAGGGCAGGUGUUCCCCGGUGUGGAUUUGAGACAAAGGAACCAGGAAGUGGGGCCUCCCUGAGCACAGGUAACCCGAGGCCCUGUCGCCCUGCCUGCACUGCUCCCCCUGCUCUUGUGGGCUGGCCUUGGCGGAGGGGGAGGCACGCUCACGGAAGGGCCCAGAGGACUUCACAGUUCAAGGUCCAAAGGGAACGGGGGGUAGGGGGUAAUCCAGGAAGUCUUCCCGGUGGCAGUGAAUUCUUAGAGGGGAUGGGAGGUGCGGAAUCCCCUGCGGGGGCCACUGGGUGCAGAAGCCCCGCCCCUUCCCCCGCCCACCUGUGGGAAACGGAGGCUGUGAGGGAGGCACGACCAGCGCCCGCAGCUUGUGGCACCGCGUCCUCUGCCCCGGCCUCAGCCAGCCCCGGCGCUUCUGCAGAGGUACUGACCGUGGGGAAGGAGCCCCUCGUGCGGCCGAGUUGGAAGACCUCCGGAAGGUCCCCUCGCCACGCGCUACAGCCACGGUCCCCGGCCGUCCGCGGGGCGGGGGGUGCGGGGCGUGCCCGAGGUGGCGCCCACAUGCGACCCAGGGGCGCGCGGCGGCGCACCUCCAGCUCCCCCAAGACUCGCGUCCCUCCCGCGCCCGCGGCCUCGGGGCGCCUGGCACUCGGCAGCUCCGUGAGUGCCCCCCUGGCUUAGUCAUGGCGAAGCUGGAGACACUGCCUGUGCGCGCUGACCCAGGGCGGGAUCCUCUCCUGGCCUUUGCCCCUCGGCCCUCUGAGCUCGGACCCCCAGACCCUCGCCUGGCCAUGGGCAGUGUGGGCAGUGGGGUGGCCCAUGCCCAGGAGUUUGCCAUGAAGAGCGUGGGCACCCGCACGGGGAGUGGGGGCAGCCAGGGCAGUUUCCCUGGCCCCCGCAGCAGUGGUGGUGGGGCCAGCAGGGAGAGGCCAGGCCGCUACCCCUCAGAAGACAAGGCUCUCGCCAACUCCCUCUACCUCAACGGCGAGCUGCGGGGCAGUGACCACACCGAUGUCUGCGGCAACGUGGUGGGCAGCAGUGGUGGCAGUAGCAGCAGCGGUGGCAGUGACAAGGCCCCACCACAGUAUCGUGAGCCCAGCCAUCCACCUAAGCUCUUGGCCACCUCUGGCAAGCUAGACCAGUGCUCAGAGCCGCUAGUUAGGCCUUCGGCCUUCAAGCCGGUUGUACCCAAGAACUUCCACUCCAUGCAGAACUUGUGCCCCCCGCAGACCAAUGGUACUCCUGAGGGACGACAGGGCCCUGGUGGUCUCAAGGGCGGACUGGACAAGUCUCGGACCAUGACCCCAGCGGGCGGGGGUGGGGGCGGCCUCUCAGAUUCAGGCCGGAACUCACUCACAAGCCUGCCCACCUACAGCUCCAGCUAUAGCCAGCACCUGGCGCCCCUCAGUGCCUCCACCAGCCACAUCAACCGCAUCGGCACUGCCAGCUACGGUAGUGGCAGCGGCGGCAGCAGCGGUGGUGGCUCGGGCUACCAGGACCUGGGAACCUCUGACAGUGGGCGGGCCUCCAGCAAGAGUGGGUCAUCCUCCUCCAUGGGGCGGCCAGGCCACCUGGGAUCGGGGGAGGGCGGAGGUGGAGGCCUGCCGUUCGCGGCCUGCUCCCCACCCUCGCCCAGUGCUCUGAUCCAGGAGCUAGAGGAGCGGCUGUGGGAGAAGGAACAGGAGGUGGCAGCUCUGCGGCGGAGCCUGGAGCAGAGCGAGGCCGCGGUGGCCCAGGUGCUGGAGGAGCGGCAGAAGGCGUGGGAGCGUGAGCUGGCCGAGCUGCGGCAGGGCUGCAGCGGGAAGCUGCAGCAGGUGGCCCGCCGCGCCCAGCGGGCCCAGCAGGGCCUACAGCUGCAGGUGCUGCGGCUGCAGCAGGACAAGAAGCAGCUGCAGGAGGAGGCAGCCCGGCUGAUGCGGCAGCGGGAAGAGCUUGAGGACAAGGUGGCCGCCUGCCAGAAGGAGCAGGCUGACUUCCUGCCCCGGAUGGAGGAAACUAAGUGGGAGGUGUGUCAGAAGGCGGGGGAGAUCUCCCUCCUGAAGCAGCAGCUGAAGGACUCGCAGGCCGACGUGUCCCAGAAGCUGAGCGAGAUCGUGGGGCUGCGCUCACAGCUGCGGGAGGGCCGGGCCUCGCUGCGGGAGAAGGAGGAACAGCUGCUCAGCCUGAGGGACUCCUUCGGCAGCAAACAGGCCAGCCUGGAGCUCGGUGAGGCGGAGCUGCCCUCUGCGUGCCUCAAGCCCACCCUGACCCCCGUGGACCCGGCCGAGCCCCAGGACGCCCUGGCCACGUGCGAGAGCGACGAGGCUAAGAUGCGCCGGCAGGCCGGGGUGGCCGCCGCCGCCUCGUUGGUUUCCUUGGACGGGGAGGUGGAUGCUGGUGGGGAGAGCGGGACGCGGGCCCUGCGGCGGGAGGUGGGGCGGCUGCAGGCCGAGCUGGCGGCUGAGCGGCGAGCCCGGGAGCGCCAGGGGGCAAGCUUCGCGGAGGAGCGCCGCGUGUGGCUGGAGGAGAAGGAGAAGGUCAUCGAGUACCAGAAGCAGCUGCAGCUGAGUUACGUGGAGAUGUACCAGCGCAACCAGCAGCUGGAGCGGCGGCUGCGGGAGCGCGGGGCGGCGGGAGGUGCUAGCACACCCACCCCCCAACACGGCGAGGAGAAGAAAGCCUGGACGCCCUCCCGCCUCGAGCGCAUUGAGUCCACGGAAAUCUGAUCCCCCACCUGGGCAUGUGGCCUUUUGACAAAUGCCCUGUCAAAGGCCAGAGUCCCCAGUGUCCCCUCCCCGCCAUCUCUCUUCCCCAUGUCCCCCAUGUCCCCAGACCAAAGAGGUUCUCAAAGCAGCUGUGACCAGAUCCCUCCCCUCUCCCCUCACUGGGUGCCCUUCAGGCUCUACCACUGGCCCUCUGGGCAGCCCACUUGGACCCUCCUCCCGAGGAGGGGAGAGGGAGAGGCAGAGUGAGUGGGGGUUGAGGGGCCCAGGCAGCAGGGGAGCCCUGUGCUCCCCUUCUUGGCACUGCUUUGUUGGAGAUGGGAGGCGGCAGGCCUGCAGUGCCAUGAGGAGCCCCAGCCCCUUGGUAGGUCUGGGCUGCUACUGUUGGCCACCCCAGUGUCCAGUGAUGCUCUCUGCGGUCACCUCUGAGGCCAUGUAGCCUGAGGGGGCCUGCAUGGGGUCUGCUGAAACUGACAGACCUUGGGCUCCUGGCCUUUCUCCUUCCUGCCCUAUCAUCCCUCCCUGGGCAGAUUGGCAGGAUGAGUGGGAGCAGAUGGCCUGUAUGUGGUUGAGAGGGCUACCUGCCCGGCCCCUCCCCCCAAGGUCUCUUGGGCUCAGGCCUCAGAGCCUGGCCUGGUCCUGAGUGUAUGUCCAUAUAUGCGUAUCAGGGGCUGGAGGGAAGGCUGGGGGUGGAGGCUCAGUGCCCAGGGAAGAUCUACUCUCCUGUUCUUGGAAAGGGUUACCUGGAAGCUUCUUAGCUCUACCCCACCUUUUUGGCCAGGAUCCCACAGGGUGAUAGCCCCAUCUGCUUGGCUCACCCCACACCCAGAGCCGCUGACCGGCUCUAACUACAGCUAUUAAGUGCUACCUGCCUCUCAGGCACUCCCCUCACCCGGUUUCUGAGGUCAUAUGAGUGUCUGUGAUGUCUUCCUGUGUCUUCUCCCACUCGAUUCCCCCAGCCUCCCUCUGCUUUCACACUCAGAACAUCAUUGUCCUAGGCCGACUCUUCCCCCAAACCUCACCUUUUCUUCCAGUAGAAAAUUCUGCUUGAUCUUUGGUGCACUGCCCACUUCCAAGCUCCAAUGGGCCCAAGCCUGAGCCAGAGGCCUUUGUUUUGGGGGGCAAAAGGGGAUGGUUGUGAUUGCCCUUGAAGGACAAGGCUGACCUGAGAGGAACACUGACCCCUGAGUUCCCAGGACCUCAAGGUACCCCAGUGUUUGCCCAGGGUAGGCCUGGCAUGGCCAUCAGUGGGGGUUGGGACAGCACUGUCACUUCCCUCCUCCUCUCGGCAUCCUCUGAGUCUAUCUCCCUAAGAUAGGAAGGGAAAGGCAAAUUUCUAAUUCACCAGCAAUAAAAAUUAGAGGAGGCUUGGCCCUCAGCCCUUGUAUUUCUCUCUUUUCACUCUCUUCCACCCCCAAGACUGGGUUUGGAGGGCAGGGUGGAGAGAGCUGGCAACUACUGUGAGAAAGUUCCCCAACCCCUGACCAGCCUCCUCCCAUGACUGGUGACUGUUUAAUGAGCUGUGCGUCCCCCACAAAAACAAGAGUGCCCCUCUGUGUGGCCUCUAUCCCUCUGCACAGCCCCUUCCCGGUGACCCUCACCAGAUCUCUAAGCUGGGUAGGGGGGCCAUCUGGCAAUCACUGCCCAUUCCACUCACCCCUCACUGUACCUGCCCCUGAACCUGGGCUUGGGCCAGAGGGGCAGAGGGAAGAGAAGGCAUUAGUAGGAAAAAAAAAAUAGAAAAAGUAUGAAGAGACUCAGCUUUGGGACUUCCAACCACAAAAGAAAUUAUAUAUAAAUAUAUAUAAAUAUAUAUCUCUACCAUAUGUGAUGGAAA